AUGUGGUCGUUACUAAUUUUUGUUAUCAUUGGACUGUUUGUCAGCCAAAAUUCGGUCGACGCUACUCAUAAUUGUACAAUUCUUACAAAAGGAAGUCCAUAUUUUCCGAAAAACUUUAAAUUUGGUGUUGCAACAUCAGCUUAUCAAAUUGAAGGUGGUUGGAAUGCAGAUGGUAAAGGACCAUCAAUUUGGGAUGACUACACUCACCAUUAUCCUGAACGAAUUACAGAUGGAACGAAUGGUGAUAGUGCAGCGGAGUCGUAUCGAUUAUUUGAUUUGGAUUUGAAAGCUUUGAAGGAUUUAGGGGUACAUCACUACCGUUUUUCUAUUGCAUGGACACGAAUUUUUCCAACUGGCUACAUAAAUUCGAAAAAUCAAAAAGGAAUCGAUUACUACAAUGAUGUUAUCGAUAAACUUCUGGCAAAUGGUAUUGAACCAAUGGUCACAAUGUAUCACUGGGAUAUGCCUGUCGGUAUACAAAAAUUCGGUGGAUUCUCCAAUACUCUUAUCAUUGAACAAUUCUUAGAUUAUGCAGAAGAAUUGUUUAAAUUAUUCGGUGAUAGGGUAAAAACAUGGAUAACAAUCAAUGAACCAAAUGAGAUUUGCAAAGGAGGUUAUGGAACUGCAAGAUCACCACCUUUACUUAAUGCUUCUGGCGUUGGAGAUUAUAUGUGCUUUACUAAUUUGUUGAAAGUUCACGGGGCAACUUAUCGCUUGUAUCGUUCGAAAUUCUUUGAAAAACAACGCGGACAAGUGGGAAUUUCACUCAAUGUUGAUUAUGUUUUCUCGCAAACGAAUAACACGAAUGAUGUUAAUCGUGCAUUGGAUUAUGAAUUCGGAUUACUAGCACACCCUAUUUAUAGCAAAUUUGGUGAUUUUCCUCCAAUUUUACUGAAAGAGAUUGGAAAGAGUAGCCGGAAUGAGGGUAGAAAAAGGUCUCGUCUUCCAAGUCUUGGUACUUAUUGGACAUCAGUUAUUAAAGGUUCAGCUGACUUUAUGGGUAUGAACUAUUACACCUCAAUGUUUAUUAAUUCAUCAACUGAACCAAGGGGUGAAAAUCCAUCAUAUGAAAGAGAUUACAAUUAUGUGUCAACUGUUGAUACAAGAUGCCCAAAAGCAAAAUCAUUUUGGCUUUAUGCUGUUCCCCAAGGAUUUGAGGAUCUUUUGAAGUACAUCCGAGAUCAUUAUGACAACGUAGAAGUGAAAAUUACAGAAAACGGUUGGUCAGAUUCGGGAGAUCUUGAUGAUAACAUGCGCAUUAAGUAUUACAAGACACAUCUUCAAGCUGUUUUGAACGCUAUCAACGACGGUUGUAAUGUUACUGCUUAUACCGCAUGGAGUUUGCUUGAUAACUUUCAAUUUCAUGCUGGUUUUAUAGAGCACUUUGGUUUGUAUGCUGUAAAUAUGACAAGUCCGAAUAGAGAACGAACACCCAAGAAAUCGGCGCAUUUUUACAACAAAGUUAUUAAAACACGAUCAAUUCCUUAUGACUUUUGA